UAUCUGGAAACACUGAUGAUCAACUCUGAAAAGACGGAAAGGUGAUUGAACACAGAAAAUCCGACGAAAUAAAGACGAAUCAAAACAAUCCUCUUACUCGCUCCAUGGACUUCACCUCCUCCAUGCUGAGUGCGGCUGCCGCUGCGGGCUACCGCCGAGCCGAGGCGGCGGGAUUGCCCAAAGGCUGGAUUCGGGAGGAGAUCCCGCGCUUCGCCAACAACUUCCACAACGGAUCGCCGGCCGCAGCCGCCCCCACGUUUCAGAACGGCACUAAACCCGCCGUGGACGUCUUAUACUACUCGCCUCGCGGCCACGUCGUUCGAUCCAAGCCCGAAUUGGUCAAGGCCAUCGGCGAUCAGGCCGAUAUGACGGCCUUUGACUAUCAAAGCGGCAAGUUCAACCCGUUGCUAGUGCGGGCUACGGUCAAACCCGGCCCGUCCGUGUCAGGAUCGGCGGGGCGGAAAAGCUCGAAACCUGUGUCCACCUCUGCGGGCUUAGCGGCGGCGGCGGCCGCGGCUAACUCGAAUUCGGCGGCUAAUCUGGCCCGUGAAGCCGCAUUGGUUCCGCCCAUUCGUCAAACGGCUUCCAUUUUCAAACAGCCUGUCACGGUUUGGAAAAAUCACGAAGCCAAUGGGCCCGAGUCCAAGGAAGAGUCCAGAGAGUCCAAAAUGGCGCCGGCCAAGGCGCGGCCUGAUGCCAAAUCUUCAUUUCCUGAAAAGCCCGGCCAAGUCUUUUGGGAAAAGCGGCUGUCCGGAUUGGUGCCCUCGUAUCCUGACGAAGAGUUCGAACCGUUCAAAUUACCGAAGAAUUUCUUGCCCAUUGGUCCCGGAGUCACAGACGAUAUUGUUUUGGCCUCAAUAUCCACUUCGCUUCAUAUGGGAGGCGGAGCUAUCAAUGGACAAAAAGACAGCAAGCAAAUGAAGGAGAGUGAUGCCAGCGCAUUCUGCAUUCCCGAUCAACCCUUAAUAGGAACAGUCAAAAUCAGCCAGCAAGAUAUUGAGAAACAAGAAGAUCGAGUGAAUGACACGAGAAAAAAACUGGCCGAUGCCAUCUCGGCCAUGUCAGGUUGACGAGGUCGGUGAUGGAAGGAAACCCAUGUACCAAGAGAUCUCCAAUGCUACAAACACUACAACCUUCACUUGAUUUUCGUUCUGAUCGCCAGAGUUGCUAUUUUGCCAUCUACCUCCACUUGUCGAAAGAUUAGAUGGCCAAGCAUCCCUCCUAAGCCUGAAAUACCGCCAUUUUCGGCUACAAUCUCCUGAGUAUUUUUCUGCCCUUUACAAAACUGUAUCAUGAAUGGGACAGUAAGCCGUGCAAGUGAACCUAUACCUGUUUAAGUAACUAUAGAUAUCAGUAAAAUGUGAAAGAAAAUUGUA